UUGUAUAGGAAAGAAAGAAGAACAUAAGCCUAAAAGAAAAAGCUCUCUCUCUCACUCUCUUCCCUUCUACGCUGCUGCUGGGGUCUCUCUCCGGCAGACGAUCUCGUUGAGAUAGAUUCUUAGGGUACCGAUCGAGAGAGAGCUUCCCAGCCCAAACAGAAUGGACCAUGACAAGACUGGAUGCCAAACUCCGCCUGAAUGUCCGAAGCUAUGUAUCAACAAUUGCGGUUUCUUUGGUAGCCCGGCUACGAUGAACAUGUGCUCCAAGUGCCACAAGGCUAUGUUGUUUCAACAAGAACAGGGGGCUAAGCUUGCUUCUGUCGUGUCUGGAUCAUCAUCCAGCAUUAACGCAUCAAAGGAAACCUCUGUUGCAUCUGCGGACGUUCAAGCUAAACCUGUGGAGCCGAAUGCCGGUUUCCUUCAGUCAUCUUCUUCUGCGACUGACACUGGAGUAGCAGUAGAAGCAAAACCGAAGGAGGGACCAAGCCGAUGCAGUACCUGCAAUAAGAGGGUGGGUUUGACCGGUUUCAAGUGUCGGUGUGGUAUUCUCUUUUGUGGGUCUCACCGCUAUGCGGAUAAACAUGAUUGCUCCUUCAAUUACCAUGCCGCUGCUCAGGAGGCUAUAGCCAAAGACAAUCCGGUUGUGAAGGCAGAGAAGCUCGACAAGAUCUGAAUACAAUGUUCUGCAACAUAAGCUCUCGCCUCGUCACAUACUUGGCUGGUGAUGUUUGCCAUCCAUGGCCUAUGCGCAUGUUGUCUCAAUGUCAUGUCCGUUCGAGUAUAUUCUCAUGGUAACAUUAUCUAGCUCGAAAGUGUGGUGAUCUAGUUUCGUCUCUGCAAUGUGUGGAAAAUUCUGUCUGUACCAUCGUCAUGUCAGAAGAAACAGUGAUCCUUUUGCGUCGUCAUGCUCUUAAGAAACGAUGUUUUCUUUUUUUGGGAUAAUAGGAUGCUGUUAGUGGUGAACACUGCACACGGAUCGAGUAUUC